CUGAAUACGGUAGCUUUAGACAAGUUUUCAGAUCUCUCGCAACUACUCGACCAGAAGCACACUCUUGAAACAGGAUACUUCCAGCUCGAGGGAACCACUGCAAAGUUCCCCAGCACACAAACUGAAAUCGACCCGUUUGUGACGAUUCACCACAACUGCGACAUGGAUGAACGACAAACAGCUAACCUUGGAUACAAGCGAUGGGCGAUUCGAUUACCGCAGGAGUACGUUACGACAGGAACAAAAGCAAGAAAGGUGAAGAGCUGA